UUGAGGAGGUAAUAGGGUGUUGUUUUACACAACCAUUGAGGAAUUUUAACCAAAGUAUGUUACAAACUUUACACGAAGACCCUAAAGAAUCAUACCAACUUGUGGAAAAUGGGCAUCCGAUGACCCCUUUAAGUAAGCAAAAUAUAACAUCUGUCCAAUGUUGGCUUUUGACAUCAACCUGAUUAUCAUAUUCAACCAAAAUUUAACAUCUCUCCAAUGUCUUUCUGAUGUUAAAUUGAUGUCCGGUUCAGUUUCAUCAUAUUAUCAUUACAAACAUACAUUCCCAUUAAACUGUGUGUGAUGAAUUAAUUCCUAAAAAAAAUUUCAUUUCCAUGUAAAUUCUACAUGUUUUCAUCUAUUCCAUAAACAGACCACAAGAUCAGAAUGCCCAUGUGGGCUAUUGGUGCCAUAGUUGUGGUCGUGCUAGCCUUGGUUGGCUGCUUUGCUUUCUGUAUCUAUAAAAAGUGCUUGGGAGGGAAGAAGAAAACUAAGAAAGUCAGAGAGAGGAAGGGAGGACGAAGAAGGGUGAAAAAGGAGGGAGAUGAUGAAGCAGGCGAGGAACAACCUAAAGAUGGAGAGGGCGAGGGAGAGAAAGAAAAUUAUGGCAAGUUGGAAUACACUCUGGAUUAUAGCUUCACUGAAAAUCAGCUCAUUGUCGGUAUCUUGCAAGCACAAGACCUUCCUGCCAUGGAUCUGGGUGGAACGUCUGACCCCUAUGUCAAAGUUUAUAUGCUACCAGACAAGAAGAAAAAGUUUGAAACAAAGGUCCAGCGCAAGAACCUGUGUCCUGUUUUCAAUGAGACAUUCAUAUUUAAGAUCCCCUUCAAUGAUCUAGCGGGGCAGACUCUGGUCUUGCAGGUGUUUGACUUUGACCGCUUUGGUAAACAUGACGUAAUUGGAGAGAUCAAAAUCCCCAUGAACAGUAUUGACCUGGGCCAGCCCAUACACGAAUGGAAAGACCUAGUUGGAGGAGAGAAAGAGGAACAAGAAAAGCUUGGAGACAUCUGUAUCUCCCUGCGCUAUGUGCCCACCUCCGGUAAACUGACCGUCUGUAUCAUGGAAGCCAAGAACCUGAAGAAGAUGGAUGUGGGUGGUUUAUCAGAUCCUUUUGUGAAAGUGGUUUUGCAACACAACGGAAAGCGCAUCAAGAAGAAGAAGACGACAGUGAAGCAGAACACACUGAACCCUUACUUCAAUGAAAGUUUCAGCUUUGAAAUCCCCUUCGCUCAGGUUCAGAAGAUCCAGGUGCUGAUCACUGUCUAUGACUAUGAUAAACUGGGAAGCAAUGAUGCGAUUGGGAAGUGCUGGAUUGGGUUUGGUGCUAGUGGGGUGGGUCUGCGACACUGGUCAGACAUGUUGGCCAAUCCCAGACGACCUGUGGCCCAGUGGCACACCCUUCAGCCUGAAGAAGAAGUAGACGCUGCCCUUAAAGCACCUAUCCGCUAAAUAUCUUACUCAUCCACCCCUCAAAUAAAAGUUUUGGCAAAACAUUAUUUAAAUCUCAUACGUCCUGUCACUGAGAAGCUUCUGUCUGUUGCGUUAUUAACGUCAUUAUUACAUGUACCCUUCUUUACUGUGAAACAAAGGAGGAUUAACUUUUAUAAAUGUCAUUAUGUAUUUUCUGUUCAUCUGGAUUGUUUCUUAUGUAAAUGUGUGUGUAUGUGGAUGAUAACUGUGUGUUUUGUUUGAAAGUCUUGUAUAUGUCUAUAAAUGUAUGAGAACUGUCCUGAUUUGCCUCGUCUUUUCUGUGAACCAAGUUGACAAUAAAAACAGCAACUGGAUAUUAUAA